CAUUUUCCUCAGCCAAAAAGAGAAGGUCGUGGUGGUGGUGGAUCUAUAGCUUCUGGAUCCGAUCCGUCUUCUCCAUUUUCGCCGAAUUCAAUCUCUCUCUGCAUUGCCAUUUGCAGAGAUCUGAUCGACCAGGUGAAGCUUUUCAUAUAAAUAUAUAGAUAUAUCGAUAUAUAUACUUAUAUAUAGAGAGAGAGAGAUAGAGAUAGAUAUAGGUUGUGAGGCGAAAGGGGCGAAAUGUCGUCGGAGGAAGAAAAGUUGUUGAGGGAGGCGAAGAAGCUGCCAUGGGAGGAUCGUCUUUUCCACAAGAACUGGAAGGUUCGGAACGAGGCCAACAUCGACUUGGCGGCCGUCUGCGACUCCAUCACUGACCCCAAGGACUCUCGCCUCCGCGAAUUCUGUCCGUUUUUCAGGAAGACGGUGGUCGAUUCCAAUGCGCCCGUGCAAGAGAAGGCGCUCGAUGCCUUGAUUGCCUUCUUGCGAGCCGCUGAUGCUGAUGCCGGAAGAUAUGCGAAGGAAGUAUGCGAUGCUGUUGUGGCGAAAUGCCUCACCGGUCGGCCCAAGACAGUGGAGAAGGCUCAAGCUAUCUUCAUGCUUUGGGUUGAAUUGGAGGCAGUGGAGGCUUUCUUGGACGCAAUGGAGAAAGCAAUUAAGAACAAAGUUGCCAAAGCUGUUGUACCUGCAAUUGAUGUCAUGUUUCAAGCCUUAAGUGAAUUUGGAGCAAAAAUUGUACCUCCAAAGAGGAUUUUGAAGAUGUUGCCUGAACUAUUUGACCAUCAAGAUCAACAUGUGCGUGCGUCUUCUAAAGGACUUACGCUUGAGCUUUGUCGUUGGAUUGGAAAAGACCCCGUAAAAUCAAUAUUGUUUGAGAAGAUGCGAGAUACAAUGAAAAAAGAGUUGGAGGCCGAGCUGGUUAAUGUAACAGGGACAGCUAGGCCAUCUCGCAAAAUAAGGUCUGAGCAAGACAAGGAGCCAGAAAGGGAAGCCGUGUCUGAAGCUGCAGGUCCUGGUCCAUCUGAAGAGUCUACAUCUGAGGCUCCUCAAGAAAUAGAUGAGUAUGAGCUCGUUGAUCCUGUUGAUAUAUUGGCUCCUUUGGAGAAGACUGGAUUCUGGGAUGGAGUGAAAGCGACAAAGUGGUCAGAAAGAAAAGAGGCUGUUGCGGAGCUAACCAAGCUUGCUUCAACAAAAAAAAUUGCUCCCGGUGAUUUCACAGAAAUAUGCCGAACACUAAAAAAACUUAUAACGGAUGUCAACAUUGCUGUAGCAGUUGAGGCUGUCCAAGCUAUUGGCAAUCUGGCUCGGGGUUUAAGAACUCAUUUUUCCGGGAGUUCACGUUUCUUAUUGCCAGUUUUGCUUGAAAAAUUGAAAGAGAAAAAACCUACCAUGAUUGAGGCAUUAAGUCAAACUCUUCAAGCAAUGCAUAAAGCCGGGUGCUUAAAUCUGGCGGACAUUGUAGAAGGCAAGUAUAUUUUCUAUGUUAAGACGGCUAUGAAAAAUAAAGUUCCACUUGUUCGGUCAUUAACACUGAACUGGGUAACAUUUUGUAUUGAAACAAGUAGCAAGGCUGUUAUUCUAAAGGUGCACAAGGAUUAUGUCCCCAUCUGUAUGGAGUGUCUAAAUGAUGGGACCCCAGACGUGAGGGAUGCAGCCUUUUCAGCUUUGGCAGGAAUAGCUAAGUUGGUUGGUAUGAGACCUUUGGAGAGGUCACUUGAGAAACUUGAUGAUGUGAGAAGAAAAAAGCUUUCUGAAAUGAUUUCUGGUUCUGAAGGAGGUACAUCCACCAGUGCAAGCUCAGGUACAGUACAAACUUCUGGUGCGACUGUCCCCUCUCAUGAGACAUCAGAAGCUUCAUUUGUGAGAAAAUCAGCAGCGAGCAUGCUGAGUGGGAAGAGGCCUGUUCAGGCAGCUGCUGCCACCAAAAAAGGGGCUUCUGCUAAACCGGGUGUGAACAAAAAGAGUGAUGCACUUGCGCAGCAAAAGACCUUUAAAGCUGUUGAACCACCUGAAGAUGUUGAGCCCGCAGAGAUGAGUCUUGAAGAGAUUGAAAGUCGAUUAGGUUCUCUUAUACAAUCAGAUACCAUCUCUCAAUUGAAGAGUGCUGCGUGGAAGGAACGGCUUGAAGCAAUAUCUUUGUUUAAACAAAAAGUGGAAGCCUUAUCGGACCUUCACCAGUGGGUUGAGUUAUUGAUUCGUUUACUAUGUGCUGUCCCUGGCUGGAGUGAGAAAAACGUUCAGGUUCAGCAACAGGUUAUUGAAGUUAUUACUUUCACAGCGUCUACCUCCACAAAAUUUCCUAAGAAGUGUGUAGUGCUUUGCCUCAGUGGUAUAAGUGAGCGGGUUGCAGACAUCAAGACUCGUGCUCAUGCCAUGAAGUGCCUCACUACUUUUUGUGAAGCCGUAGGUCCUGGAUUUAUUUUUGAGAGACUUUACAAAAUCAUGAAAGAGCAUAAGAAUCCUAAGGUUCUUAGCGAGGGAAUUCUGUGGAUGGUUUCAGCAGUUGAAGAUUUUGGCAUCUCACAUGUAAAACUUAAGGAUCUAAUUGAUUUUUCAAAAGAAACUGGACUGCAGUCUAGUGCAGCUGCUACUAGGAAUGCUACUGUCAAGCUUUUGGGUGUCUUACACAGAUUUGUUGGUCCAGAUAUCAAAGGAUUUCUUUCUGAUGUUAAACCUGCACUGCUUAGUACCCUGGACACGGAGUAUGAGAAAAAUCCAUUUGAGGGUGCUGCAGCAGCUCCUAAGAGAACAGUUAAAUCAUCAGAACCUACAUCUGUUUCUUCAGGUGGGCUAGAUGGCCUGCCGCGGGAAGAUAUAAGUGGGAAGAUCACACCUACUUUGCUGAAAGUUCUGGAAAGUACAGAUUGGAAGGUUCGUUUAGAGUCAAUUGAAGCUGUGAAUAAGAUUUUGGAGGAGGCUAACAAGCGCAUCCAACCAAAUGGAACUGCUGAAUUAUUUGGUGCCUUGAGGGGGCGUCUUUCUGACAGCAACAAGAACUUAGUCAUGGCAACCCUGACAUGUCUUGGUAACGUUGCUUCUGCAAUGGGUCCAGCUGUUGAGAAGUCAAGCAAGGGCAUUUUUUCGGAUGUUUUGAAAUGUCUUGGUGACAAUAAGAAGCAUAUGAGAGAAUGCACGUUGACUACUUUAGAUUCUUGGCUCUCUGCUGUUCAUCUGGACAAAAUGGUCCCCUACAUUGCGGCAGCUUUGACGGACAUCAAGCUUGGUGCAGAAGGGCGUAAGGAUCUUUUUGACUGGUUGUCAAAGCAACUCUCUGGGUUGAAUGAUUUUUCUGAUGCUGCACAACUCCUGAAACCAACUUCCUCUGCUAUGACGGAUAAAUCCUCAGAUGUUCGUAAAGCUGCAGAGACAUGCAUUAAUGAAAUCUUGAGAGUUAGUGGGCAGGAAAAUGUCGAGAAGAUUGUAAAAGAUAUUCAUGGGCCAGCUUUAGCUCUUGUUCUUGAACGAUUUAGGCCUAAUGUUGUUUUUCAGGAAUCUUUUGAACCUGCCAAAGCAAGUUCAACAGGACCCAUAUCCAGAGGCCUCACAAAGGCGGGAAAAUCUUCAUCCAACGGUGUUUUGAAGCCUGGAAAUAAAGCCAUACCUUCGAGAAUUGCUGGUACAAAGGCGUCAAGGCCAGAAUCAGUGACAUCUCUUCAAGAUAUAGCCGUCCAAACACAGGCUUUGUUAAAUGUUAAAGACUCGAAUAAGGAGGAUAGGGAAAGAAUGGUGGUCAGGCGGUUUAAGUUUGAAGAGCCACGAAUAGAACAGAUUCAAGAUCUUGAGAAUGAUAUGAUGAAGUACUUCAGGGAGGAUUUGCAUAGACGCCUUUUAAGCACAGAUUUUAAGAAGCAAGUUGAUGGGCUUGAGAUGCUGCAAAAGGCGCUCCCAUCCAUUGGCAAGGAAAUCAUUGAAGUUCUGGAUAUACUGCUGAGAUGGUUUGUCUUACAAUUCUGUAAAUCAAACACAACAUGCUUGCUGAAGGUUCUGGAUUUUCUUCCUGAACUUUUAGACACCUUAAAGGAUGAGGGGCACUCUUUGACCGAGUCAGAAGCAGCCAUAUUUUUUCCAUGCUUGAUAGAGAAGCUGGGGCAUAACAUUGAGAAAGUUCGAGAAAAAAUGCGGGAGCUGACCAAGCAAAUUGUUCAGGCAUAUUCUGCUUCCAAAAGCUUUCCUUAUAUUUUGGAGGGUUUGCGUUCUAAAAACAACCGUACACGGAUAGAAAACGUAGAUCUUGUUGGAUACUUAAUGGAACAUCAUGGUGCUGAGAUUAGUGGACAAUUAAAAUCAUUGCAAAUUGUUGCAAGCUUGACGGCAGAAAGAGAUGGAGAGCUAAGGAAAGCUGCUUUAAAUACUUUAGCUACUGGCUAUAAAAUUCUUGGCGAGGAUAUAUGGAGAUAUGUUGGCAAGCUAACAGAUGCUCAGAAGAGUAUGUUAGAUGAUAGGUUUAAAUGGAAGGUUCGAGAAAUGGAAAAAAGGAAGGAAGGCAAACCUGGUGAAGCUAGAGCCACUUUGAGACGUUCUGUAAGGGAAAUUGGCUCUGAUGUAGCAGAACAAAGCGGGGAGGUUGCACGAUCUAUCUCCGGUCCAGUAAUUGGAAGGAAAAAUUAUGGCAAUGUUGAGCUACCUGUGGAGAGACAACUUAUGCCCCGUGCCCUUCCUGGUGCUAAUGGUCCCACUGACUGGAAUGAAGCGUUGGACAUUAUUUCUUUUGGUUCUCCUGAGCAGUCUGUUGAAGGAAUGAAAGUUGUGUGCCAUGAGCUGGCACAAGCCACUAGUGAUCCAGAAGGCAGUGCAAUGGAUGAACUUGUUAAGGAUGCAGAUAGGCUCGUUUCAUGCUUGGCAAAUAAGGUAGCCAAGACUUUUGACUUCAGUUUGACAGGAGCAUCAUCUAGAUCCUGUAAAUAUGUUCUGAACACCCUCAUGCAGACAUUUCAGAACAAGAGACUUGCUUAUGCUGUCAAGGAGAGUACUCUUGACAGUCUAAUAACUGAGCUCCUUCUAUGGCUUCUGGAUGAGAGAGUUCCGCAUAUGGAUGAUGGCAGCCAGCUAUUAAAAGCUUUGAAUGUCUUGAUGCUAAAAAUUCUGGAUAAUGCAGAUCGAACUUCGUCCUUUGUUGUUCUCAUUAAUCUCUUACGUCCAUUAGAUCCCUCAAGGUGGCCAUCACCUGCAUCAAAUGAGACAUUUGCUGUCAGAAAUCAGAAGUUCUCUGAUCUGGUUGUCAAAUGUCUUAUUAAACUUACAAAGGUUCUUCAAAGCACUAUUUAUGAUGUUGAUCUUGACCGCAUCCUGCAAAGCAUCCAUUUGUAUCUGCAAGACUUGGGGAUGGAAGAAAUCAGGAGACGUGCUGGUGCCGAUGACAAGCCAUUGCGAAUGGUUAAAACUGUUCUACAUGAACUUGUGAAGCUUCGUGGAGCUGCAAUUAAAGGUCACCUUUCCAUGGUUCCUAUCGACAUGAAACCUCAGCCAAUUAUUCUAGCCUACAUUGAUCUUAAUCUAGAGACUCUAGCUGCAGCAAGGAUGUUGACAGCAACUGGGCCUGUGGGCCAAACUCAUUGGGGUGAUUCAGCGGCCAACAAUUCGUCAUCUGCCACGCAUUCUGCUGAUGCACAGUUGAAGCAAGAGCUUGCUGCGAUAUUCAAGAAAAUUGGUGAUAAACAGACUUGCACCAUUGGUCUGUAUGAACUAUAUCGCAUAACUCAACUAUACCCAAAAGUAGAUAUAUUUGCUCAGCUCCAAAAUGCUAGUGAGGCGUUUCGCACAUAUAUUAGAGAUGGUUUAGCCCAGAUGGAGAAGAAUGCAGCAGCUGGGAGGACGCCAUCGAGUUUGCCGCUAUCUACGCCUCCCCCAUCAUCCUUGAGUCUUUCUUCUCCAGAACUUGCACCCCUCUCCCCUGUACAUGCAAAUUCAUUAAAUGAUGCAAAGUCAUUGAAUAUGAAAUCUGAACCGACUAACUUCAAUCUACCACCGUCAUACACUGAAGACGCUAGAGCAAAUAAUUCCAUUCCUAGAGGUCUUACCACAGAUAACUCAUUGGGUGACCAAAGAAGUGAAAGAUAUAUAAGUGGAGUAACGAGUGGGACGUUAGAUGCGAUCAGAGAGAGGAUGAAGAGCAUGCAAUUAGCGGCGGCUGCUGGGAAUCCGGAUACAGAAAGUAGGCCUAAUAUUUACGUGAACGACAUGGUGAACCAAGGAUUUUCCGAUCAGGUUCAUCAUGCACCGGAACAUUCAAAUUUGGAACAUCCUGUACGUAGUGGCGUCCUUCCUAUGGAUGAGAAGGCAUUAUCCGGGCUUCAAGCCCGUAUGGAGAGACUAAAAAGCGGAACUCUUGAACCCCUGUAGAAGCUGGGAAGUUCCUUUUUGUCUUCUGGUUUUGGAACGGGAGCGGCGGUGCAACCAAAUUCCAUCGGUGUUUUAGGUUUCUUGCACUCAUUGUGUAUAAAGAGCAGUAUGGGAUUUGUAUUCUUUCAAGUUAUGCUUAGUUUUAGGAAAUAGCACUCUCAUUGUGCUAGCGGUUUAAUAGCAACUGCAAUUACGUGUUGAGCAAUUUGGCAUUUGUAUAUUGUAACAGCCUUUUUUUUUUUUUAAUUUUUAAUUUGGUAUAUAUGUCUUGCUGCUUUAAUUUAAUAGAAGCCUACACCGCCUUUCUUAAGGGGCGCUUUGAGCA